AUGAAAGUACUGGUGGUUUUAUCCGCUGCUCUAGCGCUCACAGUCGCUAUUCCUCAAAGAAAGCUUUCCUUAAAGCCUGAGGGUUUAGAUGACCAACAAACUGCUGAGCAGAAUUACAACAACUACCCACAACAAGACUAUAGGCAGCAACAACAAGAAUACAGACAGCAACCACAGGAAUACAGACAGGCGAAACCGAUUGAAGAUUUCAGACCAAAGGUUCAAAUAGAGACCACUACAUUCAUUCCUAUCAUCCACUUCGACAAGGAACAAGGCACUGAUGGCAGCUACAAAACCUCGUAUGAAACCGGUAACAAAAUCCACGCUCAAGAAGAAGGUUAUCUUAAAUCAUUUGGUGAGAACGAAGACCAAGUUUCAGCGUUGGUACAACAAGGCUCUUACUCUUACACCGCACCAGAUGGCCAGAUCAUCACCGUAGAGUAUACUGCUGAUGAACAUGGCUUCAGAGUUAAGGGUGACCACAUCCCAACCCCUCCCCCAAUCUCUCCUGAAAUUCAAAAGGGUCUUGACUUGAUUUACGCUGGAAUUAAGGCUAACCAGGAGCGUAACGCUUUGGAACUUAAAAACAAUCCUGAGUCCGCCCGGUCACUUGAAGACAAAGCAGCCCUCGACUAUAAAGGUCUCUACUACCAGCAU